CUUGAAUCUUCAGYRGGAGGAUUAUCACUUGUUCCAUCUCGCCUUCCAUGUACAAAAUCCAUGAAGCUUAGGAACCUCCUGUGGUAAGUUGGCCAUUGCCCUGGAAUAUUGACACCUGGUGGUGGCUUAGGAGCUUACCCAGGACGUGGCCUGCUUCUUGUUGCUGUUGCUCCUUGGCUAUUAACACUCUCACUUCCAUCAGCAUCGUUGUCACCACCACCACCAGCAUCCUCAUCCUCAGCAGCAACAAAAAAAUCACCUUCUUCUUCCUUCUCUUCUUCUGCAUCCAAUAUUCCUAUGAGCUCUUCCAAUGCAGCAGCUUCCUCAGGAUCAUCUCCAGCAGCAACGCGUCCAGCAGCAACGCGUCCAGCAGCAACGCGUCCAGCAGCAACGCGUCCAGCAGCAACGCGUCCAGCAGCAACGCGUCCAGCAGGAGCAACGCCAGCAGCAACACGUCCACCAGCAGCAACGCGUCCACCAGCAACUGCUCCUGUUGCCUCCUCGCGUCCGUGUCCACCACCACGUCCUCCACGUCCUCCGCGUCCUCCACGUCCUCCACGUCCUCCACGUCCUCCGCGUCCUCCGCGUCCUCCACGUCCUCCGCGUCCUCCUCCUGUUGCUCCUCGAAGCUGUUGCACCAGUUCCUCGGCUUCUUGCUGCUCACGUGCAGCUUCUUCCAAAGCUUCAUGGGCAACCCUGAACAAGUUGGGGGGAGGGGCUUGUUCUUCUUGUUCUUGUUGUCUCCUGCCACGACGUCCGCAUCGUCCGACGACUGCUCUCCGUGCUCCUGCACGUACUGCUGCUGCUACUGGUCGUCCGCGUCCUCCGGGCCCGCGUCCAUCUUGUUGUGCUGGUGGUGUCAUCUUGUUACUGUUUGCUUGUUGCUUGUUGCUUGUUGCUGCUAAAGGAAUAAUAAUAAUAAGCUCAAGUUUUCAUGUGCAGCCCACCACGGGGGGACCACGUUGUAUUAUUGCACUGAGUGCGUGUUUUCAACGGUCGAGAAUGCAACAAACAAGCUACUGAGUAAGAGUAGUACAUAAAAUCUCAAUACCGUUUCUUCUAACUAUUUUGCACACAAAAAAAACAAUACGGUCAAAAAAACAGUAGUACAGUAGAGCCGUACACCGGUAUUUAGGGGUUAGGCCUAUUCAGUAGUGUUUUUUGGUUGCAUGGAGGCAAUAAUGAUAAUGCAAUUUUAGUUGCAUUUUACGUAUACAGUAAAAGUAUCGCACUCGUACGGUACUUCAACCAACUAGAAAGAAGGAUAACUCUCACGAAGAGAACGACCAACCAAUUUUGAUAGCAAAAGCACAUAGAUCAGAUUAAAGGAAAGAAGGGAAUACCUCAAAAGAUGAAGUCGUUUGUUGCUUGUUCUCUUUUGCUGCUGAUGAUGCAGCAAAACGUUUGCGAUGUCGCUUCUUUUCAACCUUUCCAGUACCAUUGCACAGGAACCUCCACUUUGGCACCCAAAUAUUCGUUUUCAAGAGACACUGGUUGCGAUAAGAACAGCCAGAAUGCUCACACAAGAUUGUGCAUGGCAGAAAAUGAAAACGAGAGAGCUGAUUUUUGGCAACAGCAACGCGACCUCAUGAACGAAUUGACCGAAGAAAACGACAAAUCCMUGAAAGAAGAAAACAAGAAAAACUACGACAAGAUUCAAACCGCCCUGGUUACAGAGACUGCCUUCUUCUCGGCAUUGAUAUUCAGCCUGUUGUGGCUUGCUUCUGACAAUCCGUUCGCCCCGUUGUCGUUUCUCUUCGGUUCGAUCUUUGGCACUAUGUACACCUACGGUCUCGGAAAGUAUGUGUCGACGGUAGGCGGAUCUAUUGAUGACGCUGGAGCUGUGGAAGGAGCCGGUGUCGGACAAGCACGGUUUGCCUUUCUGAUCGUGCUUUUCAUAUUUUUGGGGAAAUUCCGACCGUACGGUCUGCAGGAGAUUCCGUCCAUCAUGGGAUUCUUCACAUACCAACUGGCGUCGUUGUCGCAGGGGCUCAAAGAGGAAAAGAUCGAUUAACACGGUAAUACUAACGUAAGGUUCAAGAUAAACAAGCGAUUCAAAC